AUGAACAAUGAGAUUGCGGUCUCUCAACAUAUUAGAGCCAUUGACCCCGACGGCCAUCCUGGCAGGGACUUUCUUCGACUGGUAUUGGAUGAUUUUCAAAUAAAAGGUCCUCACGGACUGCAUCGAUGUUUGCUUCUAGAUCCGCUAGGAAUGAGCCUCGCCAAUUUCGCGAAUUUCUACCAGAAAGGGUGGUUGACCACGGAGCUCUUGCAGUUAUCCUUGGUAAACGUUCUCGCUGGUCUGGAUUUUUUGCACCAGGCGGGCGUGGUACACACAGACUUGUCGCCCAAUAACAUCAUGCUAGGAAUUCGUGAUGCUUCAUUCAUCUCUGACAUGGUGGCGAGCGAGCUCGAACACCCUUCUCCCCGCAAAGAACUUCCAGAUCGCGUCAUUCAUUGUUCUCACUCACACCCGAUGCCAAUCAUCGCAAUGAGACCGCCCAUUAUAUGCGAUUUUGGACAUGCCAGAAUAGGGGAUCGCUUCUCUGGCACUGUCAUGCCACGGUCUUAUCGUGCACCAGAAGUAAUCAUGGGCAUGGAGUGGGACUCCAAGAUAGACAUCUGGUCCGUUGGAGUAAUGAUUUGGGACAUAUUCGAAGGAGGUCGGCUGAUGCAUGCGAUGGGAAAUGACCAUUUCGAUGAUGAGCAGCAUCUUGCCCAAAUGGUUUCCCUCAUAGGCAAUCCGCCGAAGGAAUUCUUGAAACGAAGCCAAAAUUGUCGCCAAUACUGGGACGAUGAAGGCAACUGGAUCGCAGCAACGCCGAUCCCUGACCAGUCGCUCAAAACGCGCGAGGUACGACUAAAAGGAAAGUGGCAAGAAUCCUUGCUUGCAUUCGUUCAAAAGCUCCUGUGUUGGUUGCCAGAUCAAAGGCCUACAGGACAAGAUAUGCUCGACCACGAAUUUCUUGAGAUGGACGCGUCCCAGGAGUAG